CGAAAAAUGAAGUGAUGCGGGAAGGAUGGCUGAAAAAAAUAGGAGGCUAUGUUUUACCACCAAAAGUUGAAUUUGCAAGGAUAUGCUCAGUUCACUUUAGUCAAGAGUCCUUUCAUCAAGGUCGAGCACGGAAAGACCCUGUUAAGAAACGCCACCUACUACCAUCGGCUGUGCCAACGUUAUUUUUAAAUUGUUCGGAAGCUCAAAAUGUAAACAAGAAUGCGGUGGCUGAACCGAACCUCAAGUUCAAUGUCCUCCGACGAGAAUUCCCAUUAGUUGUCAAUUCUGAAAGAAGAAUAGGAUCUUCAGAUACAAUUUCACCAUCAACUUCUCAUGUAGUUGUAGAAGACAACAUUGUAAAUAUUCGUACGCCAAAAGGAAUACGUAGAAGAAGUGACUGGUCGGAUGCAAAUGUCGACAUUGAAGAAGGUCCACCGGUGGCAUUUGGCCCUGAAAGACAAGUAUGCAAUUCAACACCAAGAAGGUCUGUGGCAAGAAGACAUGACAAUUUAAAAAGUACUCCACAUUUGACGAGACUUGCAAGAAAUAAACACCGUCGACAAAGCAGCAGUGAUCCACUGAGUCCAGCAUGGAAGCGUCGAAAACGUACCCAAAGCAAAGGAAAUAAUGUCCAAACACUGUCAAGAAAUAGAAAAAGAAUUACAUAAACAUUUUUUUAAGCAAAUCCACAGUCCUUCUGUUUCAGUGAUUUUUGGUACGACAAAUUUGAAUAUACUGAUUCCUAUGAU